AAAGAAGAGAGAAGAAAGGGAAACAAAAGCUAUCAUUUUUAAAGCAAAAGAGAGAAGAGAAAAAGAUAAUAAAGGGAGGAAUUCAAGGUUGAAGGAGGGUUUUCUUUCUUUCUUUCUCUUUUGGGGUAUUUUUUUUAAUCAGUGUGAAGAAACUGGAGCUGGCCAAUAUGUUGCAGACUGAGCAGCAGCCUCAGCAGAACAACCAGUUGACGGUUCAAAACUCUCUGAGCUUUAGCAGUCAUUUGUCUAAGGAAGAUGACGAGGUCUCAAAGUCUGCUCUUUCCACUUUCAGAGCCAAAGAAGAAGAGAUUGAGAGGAAGAAGAUGGAGGUUAGAGAGAAAGUUCAGCUUCAGUUAGGCCGUGUUGAAGAGGAAACUAAACGUUUGGCCAUGAUUCGUGAGGAGCUUGAAGCACUGGCAGAUCCUAUGAGAAAGGAAGUUGCUCUGGUCAGGAAGAAGAUCGAUGCAGUUAACAAAGAAUUGAAGCCAUUAGGACAUACUUGCCAGAAAAAGGAAAGGGAAUACAAGGAAGCCCUCGAGGCGUUUAACGACAAGAACAAGGAAAAAGUACAGCUAAUCACGAAAUUAAUGGAGAUUGAACAGCUGGUGAGUGAAAGCGAAAGGUUGAGGAUGAAUAAGCUGGAAGAGCUCAGUAAGAACAUAGAUUCAAUACAUUGAUCUGAAUCCUCAAGUUUUGUUAACUGAUUAGGUUUGUGUUAUGUAUUUAAGGUUUGUGUUACUUUUUUUGGGGUCUGGCUGUAUUGUAUGAUGUAUCUUUCUUUGGUUUUUUUUGGCAUUUGAUGAACCCUAGCUGAUGUAGAAAUGGAAACCCUAUAAACAGUUUAUUUUGGUUGGUUAGUGGUUGUAUCCAUGUUUUAAAGGAUACUUUUUU